AUGCGCCGUGAUAAACCGAAGGUGUUCAAGGGUCUGUUGUUGAAAGGAGAGGCUGGGGAAGUGUUGCUGGAUGAGACAGCAAGUAUCGACACCAGGAAGUUACUCACCGGUGAGCAGAAAGCACCGAGCCCGUAUUUCCACGGAUUCUUCAGAGGUAAUGCCGUAGCAAAUUCUUACGUGAAGUCACCGUUGUCCAUAUCACAAGCCACUGACAUGCUCGACUUGCGACUGCUAUUGCCCCCGCUGUCGCGAAUUCCAACCACGCCGCAGAAUCGUUCACGAGGCGCUGACCACGCGGAUGAUAUGUUUGGUUUGCAGCCUCAAGUGAAGUCGUGCGGUGGCUUAGAGUCGAACUCGAAGAGAAUUUCGUAG